AUGCUCAACUACAUUCAGCCUUAUCAGAUCGGAAUUGAACUAAAUAUUCUUGUCUUGAUGCUACUAUUCUCAACGAGCGAAAAUACAUUAAUUUCUUUCAAAUUGCAGUUGGAGAUCCAAAUCAACGAGGUGGCUGAGAGUAAAGCAGAAACGGAGAGAGUGGAGCGAAAACUUGAGGCAGAACGAGAACGACACAAAUCUAUGGUAUUGUUCCUCAUCAAUGAGCGCAAACAGAUGUUAGUGAAGAUGCACGAAUUACGGGUUAAAUCUGAAUCAAAUGCUCUAAUGACGCCGGGUGAUCAAGCGUUGCUAGAGGAACUCAAGAAGGAAGUCGGCUUUUUACGAGAGGAACGCGAUUCGCUGAAAAAUGCAAAUAAGUCUCUAAAGGCCGAAAAUCUAAGCCUGAAGGAGGUUGUGAAGGGCCAAGAGGCGGACUUAUUGAUGCUGCGUAAGAACCUGAUCUCAUCAACGAAGCUGACGUUUGACAAGCCUGCAACACAUCUCCCACAGUUGACCGACACUGGAGGAUCGUUGGUGGUAGCUAAUCGGAUGGCGACGUCCGCCGGAUCGUCCAUUGGUGGAUCAUCAUCGGCUGCUCCCGCGAUGUCUGCUGGUACGCUGUCAUCUCGGACAAGACUAGCAACAUCUAGCAGUUUUCCAGCUGAGAAAAGUCGCUUACCUCGUGCUCCUUCUUCGCCAGCAAGGGGACUUCCUUCACCCAGUGCCGGUCGUCUCCAUCGAACAAAGACGCCGAAUGGGAUUGGGGUAGCACAAAGGUCCACCUCCUCCCUUGCACCAACGUCGUCGUCGCCAACAAAACGUAGUAAUAGUUUACCACGUGGAGGGGGUGGUAGUAGUGAAGCGAGGAAGAACGAUCCGUCAGUUUAUCGUACGGAGCCACCACAUCGAGUACCUCCACAACCGCAGAUGGGAGCGGCUAGUCGACUAGUUCCUCCAAUGCGACAAGAAAAUUCAUAUCGUAAACCGGCUCCAACGACGACGACGACGACGACAAUAAAAAGAAACGGUUUUUCAGCCCUAACGAAAGCGUUUGGUAAGUGA